AUGAAUAAUGAUGAUUUGGAGCGUAUAACAUUCUCAAAGUAAAGUCAAUGAAGCUACGUAGUUAACCAUCCAUAUAAGACAUUGCUCAUUUCAGAAGUAGACUGGACAAUAGAAAAUUUGAAAAUAUGAAAUUGAAUUAACAAAUUAAAAGUUAAAGCUUCAACACUUUUGAAAUUGGUACACCGAAAGCAAGAAAAUAAAAAAAAACAUAAACUAACAUUAUUUUACGAAAUGAAGAUAAUAUUUUUGGUUACAAACUUGAUAAUGAUAAUUUAUCAAGAAAGGAGAUCUCUUCUGUCAAAAUAAGAUUUGGAAUCAGAUCAGAAAUAGCUAAAAAGGAAAGUACUAAAUAAGUAAUGAAUGUAAUUAGUUUAGAUUGUUUAAUAAAUAAAUGAAAAAGUUUAGAAAUAAAAAUAUAAGUUUGCUUAAGAAAAAUUGAAAUGUAGAACUGAAAAGACAAUUAAUAAUAGUGAUAAUUAAUUCUAUAAGAUGAAUAAAAAAUAUGAAAAAAUUAAGCAAAAAACAGAAUAAAGUUAUUUAGUUGAUUUAUAUAAAAUAUAUGGAUAUCAAAGAUUGAAAUAUGAAUUGAAUGUAAUUUAUUAUUUAAAUAGAUUUAUCAAGAUAAUUAUAGUUUUUUGGAACUUAGAAAAUUCAUAAUCAAAUUUAUAUAUGGAAUACUUAUCAUUGUAAACUACAUGCAAAGAACCAUCUUUUACAAAAUAUUUAUGUCAAUAAUAAUAUUAGUGAAUCUUGUUAUUUUUGUAUAUAAAAUCUUAUACAUUAAAGAUUAUAAGUUUGUUGUUUACGAAAAAGGUAAUAAAAUUUUAUUGAAAUUAGUGGUGAUAUACAUAUAUAUUGCUGAUUAAAUAUUUCGAAUACUCUCUAAAGGAAUAAUAGGACAUAAGCAUGCAUAUUUUAGAGUUGUUAAAAAUUGGUUUGACUUAAUUUUAACAGUCUUAUAAAUUAAUACUACUUUAAUCCCAAUUAUAGGCAUUGUAGAUUUCUCUCCUUUAAGAUUAAUUACAUUACUUUUGUAUUUGGGAGAUUUUGUACCAGGUAUUUAUUUUUUAAAUUAGGCUUGAAAAUUAUGUUGAAAUCUCUUGGUAAAUCAUUUAAAUACCUUGUCGAAGCUUUAAUCAUUGUUAUUAUUUUUGGUUUAUUUUUUGCUACACUUGGUUAAAGUUUAUUUCAUGGUCUAAUAAAUUAUAGAUGUUUACCUAGAUAAUAUGAUUCUCUGGAUACAUUACCAUGGAUUUCAUGUAGAAUCACAUCUUGUCCUGAUGAUUUAGUUUGUCAAUAUGUUUCAUCGGGACCAAAUAUUCCAACAUCUUUUAAUAAUAUUUUUUCAUCUUAUGCUUAAGUCUUAAGAACAAUUACAAAAGAUGACUGGACAUGGGUUAUGUAUUUUACUCUUAAAAGUUUUGGUACUUAUAUAUGGGUUUAUUAUUUAUUGAUAAUCUUUUUUGGUGGUUUUUUUGGAUUUAAUUUAGUUAUUGCAGUUUUAAAAGUUCAUUAUAGUUAAUAAACAAAUUAAAAAUUAAAUAAAUUGAAAGAAGAUGAUUAACAUCAAAAAGAGGAGAAAUUAAAUUUAUAAGUUUUGAAAUAAUUUGGUUUGUAUCAUCCUAUUUUAAAAUAUAAAUUGUAUUUGAAAGGUGAUCAUUCAUUAUUAAAUAAAAGUUUUUGUUCAAUGGCAUCAGAUCUGUCAGAAUAACCUCGUAUACUAUCAGGAAAACACUAUUCUAAAUAUGAAAAUAGAUAUUAAUUCUUAUAGUAAUUUUCAUUAAAAGCCAUCUUAUUGCCUAAAUUUUUAAAUAUUAGAAAAUAUUAGAAUUUGCUUUAAGAUUUAUAUGAUAAUUUAAUGGAAAAACCUGACAUCAAUAUGAAGUGUUUGACUCAUAAUGAAUUUACGAGAUAUUGGGCUAAUUCAAAAAAUGAGGAAUACGUUUCAACUAGUGAGACAGAUGUUGUUUCUUGUAAAUCAGAAAUCACUUAGUAAAUGCUAAUUCAAAAAAGAAUUUUCUCUUUUAUAUAUCAUGUAAAAAAUAAGAAUAAACCAGAAAAUAAAAAGGAAUUCAAAUAAUUUCCAAUAUUUAAGAGUACAAGAUUAAAAGAAAAAAUAGUAUCAUUUGCUUCAAGUGGAAUUACACUAACAGAUUUUCAUCAUUAUUAAUCUAAAGUCACAUCCUAAUAAUAAACUUUGUCCAUCCAUCCUAAUCAUAAUUCAUUUCUUUAAACUAAAAUCAAAAAGAACAUGAAUACAUUUAUUCUACAUAAGGAAAAAGAAAUCUAUGUUAAGAUAUAUGGAUUAUAUUAUAAUUAUAAAGCAGUAUCUGAGUUGAUUAAUAAAAAAAUACAAAUUAAAAUUGCUAAUGAGAUAAAAGAUUAUGAAGAUAAAUAUUUAUAAAUAAGAAUGUCAGAAAUGCAGACUGGAAUUAUUGAAUCUAAAAAUUGUUCCAUUUCUAAUGUUAUUAAUAAUUAUAAACAUGAAAAUGUUAUUAAAAAUUCUUUGAAUCAUAUUGAUAAUUUAAUUUGGUUAGUAGGAAUAAGAGGAAAAAUAAUAAGUAUUAGGAAGAUAACAUUUAUGAUUAUUACAAAUAAAUUUACAAAUUUCUUUGUGGAUUGUGUAAUUUUAAUUAAUUUUUUAUGUUUAAGUUUGAUAGGCAUUAUAUCCAAUCAAUUUAUUUCAGUAAUAGAAGAUUUUACAACAAUAAUUGUUUCACUUGAACUUGUCUUAAAAAUAAUCUCUUUUUAAACAUGUAAUAAUUGCGUUUUUAUUAUUAUAGCAAAAUUAAUUUAAAAAGAGUAAAUAAUAUUAGAUUCUAUUAUCAUUAUAAUUAAUUUUUAUGAAAUGACUUUUAGAUAGAUUCUAAACUAAUAAGACAUUAUUGCUAGAAUGUUAAGAGGAACAAAAAUACUGCUUUUUCAUAGAUGCUUAAAAUAUAUAAGAAUGGCAGUAUUAAUAGGUUUGAUAGCAAAAAGAACAUUUAAAUAAUAUAUUUAUUUGACAUUUUUUAUGUUUCUAAUGAUUCUUAUAUAUGGAUUAUUGGGUAUGGCCAUUUAUGCUAGUAGCUUUGAUGAAACAACAUAACUCGGACAUUUACAUUCAUAUAAGGAUCCCUUAAAAUCUUGGAUGAGUGUAUUUAAUAUUAUGACAAAUGAUGAUUGGUAUGGUGUGUUAAUAUUAGGAACAUAAGUUAAUUAAAUAUUUGCAUUUAUCUACUCAUUUUCAAUGAUUCACUUUUUAAAUUACAUAACUUAUGGUUUAGUGAUGGCUAUAUUAUUGGAUGGUUUUGGAGAAUAUUUGGUAGAGAUUAAGAAAGACCAAGACAUUAAAUUUGAAGACGAAAAAUCUGAUAAACAAGAUUCAGAUUCAGAUGUUGAGGAUAAUGAAAAGGAUAAGGAAAAAGCAACUAAAUCACUUAAAUAGUUAUCUUAAAAUUAAUAAGUUUAGAAGGAUACUUAAUAUUGGUAUCUUUUAGAAUCUAUAUGUAAACUUUUAAAUACAUAAAUAGAAUAAUUAGUAAAAUAGAUAAAAACAAAAAGGAGAAAGAUUUAUUUAGGAAUUAAAUGCAAGGAAUCCUUAUUUUGUUUUGAUAAGCUCAAUAAAUAUAGAAUCUUUUGUGUAAAAACUAUUAAAUCAGAAAUCUUUUAUUGGACCAGAUUGGGAUUGAAUAUAGUGUUUAUUGUUUUGAUAGCAAUAUAAACAUAUGAUGUGGAAUAUAUGGUUAUUGUAAAUGCUUUGAUUCUCAUAACUAAUCUAUUGAUAACAUUUUAGACAACUAUGUUGAUAAUAGCAUUAGGAUUAUUUCAUGAGAAAGGAGCUUAUAUAUAAGUAAGUUUAAUAAUUAAUUUAGCACAUUUGGUAAAUAACAGACAUAAUGUUUUUAAUAUUUUAUUAUUUAUAAUAAAUAAAUACAGAAAGUAGAAUAUUAAAUUUAUUUUUGUAUUUAAGAUAUUUAAGACCAUUUAAAUUAUUGUAUUCAUUUACACCAAUAGUUAAAUUGUAUAAUUCUUUAGUGGCUGCUUUAUAUAAUAUGAGUAAUGUAUUAAUAACAUUAUUAAUAAUUUGGACAAUGUUUGCAGUUUAUGGUAUGAUACUAUAUUAGAAUAAAUUUGGAUUCUGCGAUGAUUUGAUGUAAUUUGAUAUAAAUAAAGAAUAAUGUUAAGAAGAAGGAAGAAGAUGGAUUACUUAUUAACAUAAUUUUGAUAAUAUUACAGUUGCAUUGCCUACUUUGUUUGUGAUAUCUUAAUUUAAUGGUUUAGGUCAGAUUUUAUAAGUAGCUGAAAAUUCUAGACCUUCAGAUUAAGGUCCAUCUCCAUUUGCAAAUUAAUUACCCACAUAUAUUUAUUUAACAGUGUUUUGUUUUAUAGGUUCGAUGUUUUUCUUAAACUUAUUUACUGGUCUAUUGUUCCUAAAUUUAAAAGCAAGUUAGUAGAGAAUAGAAUAUGAUGAUUUAACUGUCUAUUAAUAAGAGUUCAUAUAAAUCUCAAAAAAAAUUCUUAGAGAUUCACCUUCAUUUUCAUAACCUCCUAGAAAUAUUGUUAGAAGAAUAGCUUAAAAAUUAAAUAACAAUUAAUAUUUCUAAUAUUUAUCAUUUCUUAUUUUAAUAUUAGAUUCAUUAAUUUAAAUGUCAUUUUAUUAAGAUAUGGAUAUUAAAAUUGCAUUAGAAUUAAAUAAGUGUUAUGAGAUAAUAUCAAUCCUUUUUACUUUUUGGGUUUUUAUCUAAUUAUUAGAUUAUGGAAUUAAAAGAUUUAUAGAUGAUUAAUGGAGAUAAUUUUAUUCAUUAAUUGUAAUAAUUUCAAUAUUUGAUUUGAUUGCAACUUAAAAAUAUGAUUUAUUUAAAAUUCAAAUUACAUCCACUAUUUUUACUGAAAAUUAUUAAAUUAUUCGAUUAAUUUUUGCUUUAAGGAAUCUUCGAAUUCUAAUAUUAUUUAAAGGAUUUGAUGAUCUCUAAAGAUUAAUCAGAGUAAUGAUUUUUUCAUUUCCAUUUUUGGGAAAGAUAUUAUUUAUUUUGGUUGUAACAACAUUGUCUUAUGCUUUAUUAGGUUGUUAAUUAUUUGGACAUAUCGAUAAAGGAAUCAUAAUAGAUUCUUAAAUUAAUUUUUCAACUUUUACAAAUUCUCUUUUGACCUUAUUAAAGUGUGGAACAUGUGAUAAUUUUAGAAAUAUAAUGACUGACACAAUGAUUCAUAAUAUAUACUGUAGAGAUGAUGAACGUUAUUGUGGAUCAUAAUUUACAUAAAUUUACUUUAUUUCCUUUGUUUUCAUAUUUAACUAUGUGUUAUUAAAUUUAUUUGUUUUAGGAUUAAUUGAACAAUUUGAGAAAUUCUUUUAAUCUGAAAAUUCAAUUCUUUAAGUAUAUAUUGAAUCAAUUGACAAAAUAAAAACUGUCUGGUGUAAGUACUCAUGCAAAAGACAUGGAAAAGCAAUUCACUACUUAUAGAUUUGUAAGUUUCUUUUAGAAAUUGGCUAACCAUUUACUCAUUAUAAAGAUAAUAUUUGGGAUGCAGCUCGUUUGGCUGGAUACUUAAAAAUUAGAAGUGAUGAUUAAGGCUACGUCUAAUUUAAUUCUUUGAUUUAUGAAAUAUUUAGAAGAACCUUUAAAUAAUAAGUUUUUUAAUAAGGAUCAGAAGAUUCAAUUAAGAUUAUUAAAAAGUUUAAUAAAGAGAUGUAAAUGAGGCUGUUUUAUUUUAGAAGAGACAAAUUUUAAAAAAGAUCAUUUAUUGCUACUUAUGUUGAAUUCAAUAGUAAUUUUAGUAUAGCAAGUGAUUAUCUUUCAAUUUUAGUAAUUUUUAAAGCUUGGUAAAAUUAUACUAAACAAUUAAUUAAAAGAUCUAAAUUAGAAAAAGAGGAUUUUUCAGAUAAUUCUUCAUUUGGUCAAGAAAUAUAGUAAUUUAUAUUAUUUAUAAUAAUAUUAGAGAUUUUGAUAUUUUCUCAAAAGUAGAUGAAGAAGAAGAACAAAACUAAGAAAAUCUAACCAGGAAGAUACCAUCAAAUCCCAUAAAAUCUAAUUAAUGUUUAACAUUUGAAAGUGAUAACAAUUUAAAUUUCAAGAAAUUAGAUUUACCUGUUUACAAUGAAAAUUAACAUUAUUUAACUCCAUAAAGAGAUUUAACUAAAAUGACUUCUAAUCUUAUUCAAUAAUUACAGAAAAGAACUAUAAUCAAACCAAAAAAAGAUUCACAUACUCCUUCUUCUAUUAUCAAAUAAUCGAAUAAGAUAGUUAUACAUCCAGCAGAUAUAAUAUUUAAUUAAUAGAACCAUCAAAAUAAUUUCAAUUUAAGUGCGAAUAAUUCUUUUAGAUCAUUUAUAUCGCAUAGUGAAUCGUCAUUAUCUUCAUUUGAUGGAAUACCUGGAAUGAUAAUCUGA